GGAAUAAUUUUAUUUCUCUACGAAAACCAUCAGAAAUGGAGCCACGGAUAGUUGGAAUUCUCCUAGGGACUACCCUGUUUUUAAUUCUAGGUCAAACUGCCGCAAGGCCUAGGGAAGAACAUUUUUCGAAUUUGACAAAGUCAAAAGAAGAGCAGAGGAAGACACAACAAGAUGGAUCAAAAUGGACACAAACAAAACUUGGAUUACGCGACACCUCGAAGGGUAAACAUAGGAGAACGCGGGUCACUAAGCCCCCGAUGAAAAAGCAAGCGCCUUCGCCGGUAAAAGAUAACAACAAAGAGCGUAAAAGACAAUUUAUCAUGCACCCACCCCACGCUUUCGGUCAUCCGCUCAUGUUCAUGCGUCCGCCUCCAAUGACUCAGCGAACCAUCGUAACAACUCGUAUCCCAAGACCUCCAAUGGCGAUACCUUAUAACCCGUUUUUCUCCAGGAGCUUCCUCGGUGGAAUGCAUCAUUCGCAUUUCCCAUUUUACGGCGAUCCAAUGGCACAAAUGUAUGGCGAGGAAGACGAGGACGAGGAAGAGCGUCAUUGUACUCCAAACCCAUGCCAAAAUGGAGCCACCUGUAAUGAAGUCAAGGAUGGCUAUGAAUGCAUGUGUACCCCAGGCUUCAAGGGAACGGAUUGCGAAGAGGAGAACAAGUGUCACCCAAACCCUUGUCGUAAUGGCGGGAUCUGCACAGAAGCAAAUGGAGCAUACAUUUGUACCUGUAUGGAAGGAUACAAGGGAAUCAACUGUGAAGAGAAAAACAAAUGCCAGCCAAACCCGUGUAGAAAUGGCGGAACAUGCACCGAAAUGGAUGAUGGGUUCGAGUGUUCGUGUCCAGCAGAAUACAAGGGGCCAACAUGUCAAGUGGAGAAUCUUUGCUUCCUGAACCAAUGUCUCAAUGGAGGUACAUGUAUGGAAGUCAUGGGAUCCCACAGCUGUUUGUGUAUGGAAGGGUUCAGCGGUUCUGUCUGCGAAAUUGAAAGCAGAUGUCGAAGUAACCCUUGCAGAAAUGGAGGAACAUGUUAUGACAAUCACAACUCUUACACCUGUUCUUGUUUAGCGGGCUUCUCAGGAAUCAACUGUGAAUCGAUGGUCUCAGUAUGUGACUCUAACCCAUGCCUUAACGGUGGCUCAUGUCUUAAUCAAGGACCCAACGUCUAUAAAUGCGUAUGUCCACACGGCUUUCGUGGAAAGAACUGUGAAACGGAGAAAAAAUGCGAACCUAACCCUUGCCAGAACAGUGGAGUUUGUAGAGAACUUGUGGAAGAUGAGGAUUACAAAUGUGAAUGUUUACAUGGAUACAGAGGCAAAGAUUGUGAAGAGGAGAUUAACUUAUGUGAAUCAAAUCCGUGUACGAAUGGGGGAACUUGCUCCACGCUGUUAAAUUCAUACCAUUGUCUUUGUGUCGAAGGAUUCCGUGGAAUUAAUUGCCAAGAGCCAGACAGAUGUCACUCACUUCCAUGUCAAAAUGGUGGUACAUGUAUCCAGGAGAUCACUGGAACUUACAAGUGUCAGUGCCAGGAGGGAUUCAGAGGCUUUAACUGCGAAGAGGAGCUGAAGUGUCAUUCCAAUCCAUGUCAGAAUGGCGGCACCUGUUUUGAGAACAGCGGUGGCUACACUUGUACCUGUCCCCCAGGCUAUAAAGGAAUCAACUGCGCAGAGCGCGAUAGCUGUCACCCUAACCCUUGUCAUCAUGGUGGUGUGUGCGAGAUAGACGGUGAUGAUUACACGUGUUCCUGCUCGUCUGGGUGGACUGGACUCACGUGUGAAGAUGAAGACCACUGCCACCCGAGCCCGUGUGAGCACGGUGGAGUUUGUAUCGCCAAAGGACCUUCAUAUGAGUGUCACUGUCCUAUACACUGGACGGGAAUUAACUGUGAAACACCUACCACAUUAGCAUACGCGGUGGCAAACACAUGCGCAGCUACGACAUACGGCUGCUGUCCUGAUGGCAAGACACCCGCGGCAGGACCUCACCAAGCAGGCUGCCCUGAACACAUUGGAGGAGGAAUUGCAAAGUAAGCUGUGUUCUGGGACCAAAGAAGCUGACGAAACAUUCCGAACAGCUCUUGUUUCCAUGGAGAUAACUUAUGUUCUUCGGUUAUUUCAAGGAGAUGGAGCAGAACUAUACCGUUGUUUCAUUACUUCGUGAGACUUUUUUCAAACAAUAUUGUAAAUAGAGAGUAAGAUCUGCCUUGGUAGUUUAAAGCAUUACAGUCAUAAUACCUUGUAUAACUAAACGUCAUUUGUUCAAAAUGCGCCCCCGAUACUGGUUUACGCGUGAUUCUCAGUUUGAAAGCUCUGACACUAUCAAAUAGUUUAACAUGAGA